AUGGUGGCAAGCGGAAUUAUUGGUGCACCAGUGAAGCGCAAUGUUUCCAAACAAUUUGUCGAGAAGUUCCUUCGGGUAAAAACAGUACCCAAAUUGGAUAUUAUGAAACCUUUCGUAGCUAUGUCUACUGUUUGCAUAGUGGUAAACUCACAGAAACUAAACAAACACAUGCCGAGAACAGCUGAAAUAGUAGGUAACAAAUUAAUUCGGCCUCCUGGAAUCUACCAUCAACUUCCAUUGUCUGUAAACGCUGACAUCGCAUCUUGGAAGGACAAGAGAGCUUUAGGAAAGUACCAAGCAGCAGGAGUGGACGUUUACCAUACAUAG